AUGAUGACAAGCGUAUCUCAUAUCUCUUUCGGGAGCUUGAGGCGCUUCAGCUCUGCUUCUAAACACGAACUUGUUCAAGGAUUGCGUAAUUUAGCUAGGUCCGGUGAUCUCCGACGAGCUUUCUCCUUGUUCUAUAACGCGCCGGUCGAGCUUCAGUCCCAGCAAGCUUACGCUGCUCUGUUCCAAGCAUGUGCAGAGCAAAGAAAUCUCCGCCACGGCAUCGAUUUACACCACCACAUGCUCUCGCAUCCUCAUGCUUACUCUCAGAAGAUUUUCCUCGCGAACCAUCUCAUCACUAUGUACGCGAAAUGCGGGAAUAUCGAAAACGCACGCCAAGUGUUCGAUAAAAUGCCUGAGAGGAAUGUAGUUUCGUGGACUUCGCUGAUCACUGGCUAUGCGCAGGCAGGGAACGAGCAAGAAGGGUUUUUUGUUUUCUCGGCUAUGUUAGCUCACUGUUUACCUAACGAGUUUGCGUUGUCGAGCGUGUUGACUUCGUCCCGGUACGAGCCUGGCAAGCAGGUACACGGACUUGCUUUCAAACUGGGCUUGCAUUGUUCGAUUUAUGUGGCGAAUGCGCUUAUCUCUAUGUACGGUAGGUCUCGUGAUGCUGCGUUUGAGGCUUGGACUGUGUUUGAAGCUAUGGAGUUUAAGAAUCUGGUUACUUGGAACUCAAUGAUUGCAGCUUUUCAAUGCUGCAAUCUCGGGAAACAAGCCGUUGGUGUGUUUGUGAGAAUGCAUAGUGAUGGAGUGGGGUUUGAUCGAGCCACGUUGCUUAAUGUAUGUUCUGCUUUGUACAAAAGCUCUGAUGAGGUUUCGAAGUGUUGUCAUCAGCUUCAUUCUCUGACUGUGAAAUCCGGUUUGAUCACUCAGACUGAAGUGGCUACCGCAUUGGUUAAAGUUUACUCAGAGGUUUUAGGAGAGUUUAAUGAAUGCUACAAGCUUUUCAUGGAGAUGAGUCACUGCAGAGACAUUGUUGCUUGGACUGGGAUUAUAACAGCGUUUGCGGUUUACGAUCCAGAGAGAGCUAUUCUUCUCUUUGGUCAGUUACGUCACGAGAAGCUAACCCCUGAUUGGUACACUUUCUCGAGUGUGCUAAAAGCUUGUGCUGGACUUGUCACAGCUCGUCACGCUUUGACUAUACACGCUCAAGUGAUCAAAGGUGGUUUUGGUGCUGACAUUGUGCUGAACAACUCGUUGAUCCAUGCGUAUGCUAAAUGUGGCUCUCUUGACUUGUGUAAGCGUGUGUUUGACGAUAUGGAUUCGCGUGAUGUCGUGUCGUGGAACUCGAUGUUAAAGGCUUACUCUUUGCAUGGACAAGUAGACUCGAUUUUACCGGUCUUUGAGAAAAUGGACAUCAAGCCUGAUUCAGCUACUUACAUAGCGAUUCUCUCUGCUUGUAGCCACGCUGGACGAGUGGAAGAAGGGAUGAGAAUAUUCAGAUCCAUGUUUGAGAAACCUCAGCUGAAUCACUACGCUUGUGUGGUCGACAUGUUAGGCAGAGCCGAGCGUUUUACCGAGGCGGAAGAGGUUAUCAAGCAGAUGCCGAUGGAACCAGACGCUGUAGUUUGGAGUGCGUUGUUGGGAUCUUGUAGGAAACAUGGUAACACGAAAUUGGGUAAAGUAGCGGCGGAUAAACUGAGAGAGAUGGAACCUACAAGCUCGUUGAGUUACAUACAAAUGUCGAAUAUUUAUAGCGCAGAAGGUAGCUUUAGCGAAGCGGAUAAGAGUAGGAAGGAGAUGGAGAGAUGGAGAGUGAGGAAAGAGCCAGGCUUGAGCUGGACUGAGGUUGGUAACAAGGUUCAUGAGUUCGCCUCCGGAGGACGACGCCGUGCAGACAGGGAAGGUAUAUACAGGGAGCUGGAGAGGCUGAUUGGUCGGUUGAAGGAGAUUGGUUAUGUUCCUGAGAUGAGAUCAGCUUUGCAGGAUAUUGAAGAGGAGGAACAGAAGGAAGAGCAUUUGUUGCAUCACAGCGAGAAGCUGGCGUUAGCUUUUGCGGUGAUGGAAGGACGAAGACGAUCGUAUGAUGGUGUUGGUGAUGGUGGUGGUGUGAAUUUGAUACAGAUAAUGAAGAAUAUAAGGAUCUGUAUUGAUUGUCAUAACUUCAUGAAAUUGGCUUCUAAGCUUUUGGGGAAAGAGAUUCUUGUGAGGGAUUCGAAUCGGUUUCACCAUUUUAAAGACUCUUCUUGCUCCUGUAAUGACUACUGGUAA